AGGGCCAUCAUCAGUCGUGUGCGGGAUCUCGAGUAGGACGGUCGUUAUUUUGGAAACAUUCUGGAUUUGGUGAUAGUCAUAAUGAUUAGUGAAGAAGACUGGCCCAGCAGCUAAGGAUAGUAAUGUGAAUGGAUCCUGUUGGGCGAUUGUGAAUAAAAGAGUUUACGAUUGAUAACGUCUGUCGGCAAAGUGUAACUCAGUGGCCAACGAACGAGAGUGAUAACGACCACAUUACUUAAUACGUACAUAAUCCCAAGUCGGCCACCAGUAAGGCUGCUAAAAAUAGUGAUAGAUUGAUUAUCAGAUGCUGAAAAAUAGAAAGGGAAACUUUCAACUAUGAAAUCUAUUCUGGUGGCUCUGGUUGCCAUUGCGGUCUGCUCCAGAACAACCGAAGGAAUAAGUUCGAGAGAUUUGUACAGCUACAUCAACGAACCGAGCGAUGUUCUACCGCGUGGUGAUGAGGAAUUCGCGGAAGUUCAGUUGGAUGUUCCAGCCCAUUUCUAUAGUGAAAAAUACGAAUUUGUCUAUAUCAACACCAAUGGCAUUCUAACAUUCGGAUCGGAGUUUCAAAACUACCUCAAUUUGCCAUUUCCCAUCGAGUACCCGGCGGUGGCCCCAUUCUAUGCGAAUGUAGAUACCACAUUACCGAACGAUACUGCCGCUAUCGUGUAUUUCAAAUCGACCGACGAAGAGCUACUGCUCCAAGUUAGCGAUUUGGUACGAGUUAACUUUGCCGAUGCGGUAGACUUCGAAGCAAGGCAGGUGUUUGUCGCGACCUGGGAACACGUGGGCCACUUCGACAUGAAAAACGACGUUACCAAUUCAUUCCAAGUGGCCCUCAUACUGGGCGAUGAGGAGACGUAUGUGCAGUUCCUGUAUCCGGAAAAUGGUCUCAACUGGAUUCAGGGGGACACCAAGGAAUCUGGUUUGCCCGAUGUUCGCGCCCAAGCAGGGUUCAUAUCCGAGGAUGGACGAUUUUUCCCAUUACAAGGCUCCGGAACUGAUAAUAUAAGGCAUCUCACAGUGUCCUCAAAUGUGGGUGAACCAGGAGAAUGGCUGUUUAAAGUCGGCCCUCUCGACCAAGAAGGCAAUGUUCUUGAACCAAGCGUGCAUGAUGAAAAUGCACAAGAACCACGAAGCUGUGCCGAUGGAGGCCAUUUCAAAUGCCAUUCGGCAGCCACAUGCACGGAUACUAAGACUGGUUAUUGCUGUUCAUGCAAGGCAGGAUAUUAUGGAAACGGGUUCAACUGUAUAAAAAACGAUGUUCCCAUGCGUGUGGUUGGAUCGGUCAAAGGAACGUUGAACCAGGUGACAAUCGACACGCAAAUGCAAUCCUAUGUGGUGAUGGCUGAUGGCAGGACAUACACUGCGCUGAGUCCUCUUGAAGAUGAAUUGGGCACAACUCUUCAGUUGGCUCAGGUUAUUGGUGCCAGCAUUGGAUGGCUCUUUGCCAAACCUAUUGGUAAUGUGCUUAACGGAUAUCAGAUUACAGGAGGAAAGUUCAACCAGACGACUACUAUCAACUUCUUAGGAUCGCAGGAUAAUCUUCGAAUUAACCUUCGCUGCAACGGAUUGAAUCUGUGGGAUCAAUUAGCAUUAGAUAUCACAAUCGAAGGUCAGGUGAAGCAAGUUCCACUCGGUGACAAAAUACAUAUUGACGACUACUCCGAAGUAUACCAGCGAGUGGGAAAAGAUCGUCUUGAAGCGUACACUGCACAUAAGCUGUUCAUACCAUCAGAAGAUCGCAACGUAGACUACACUAUCCAUCAGGUUAUACUGUUUGAAUCAUGUUCAUCUUUGGAACUGGAAGAAAAUUCAAAUAGUAUGACCACGCUAAAAACAAGUAAAAUCAACCUUGGGUUUGAAGCACGAGAAAAAGCUAUUCGAAUGGGGAUGUUAAGCAAGAUGAGUUCCGGUGAAAAGGUGAAUCCUUGCGAUGAUGCAAAUUGCGGAGAUAACACUGUUUGUGUUCCACAUGCUGACGAUACUUAUGACUGCAACUGUAAGAAUGGAUUCACUUACGUUCCGUAUACGAACAAUGAUCGCAUAAACUGCGUCGAUAUCGAUGAAUGUUCGGGGAUAAACAUCUGUGAUGAGAAUGCGAAUUGCGUCAACGAACCAGGUGGUUACAAGUGUGUAUGCAUCGAAGGAUAUGAAGGUAACGGUUAUCAGUGCGAUAAAAUUGAUUAUGGGGCCAGCUCGGUUGUAGUUCCUACGCCAGCCAAUACCUUCUACGAAGUUCAUUCGCAUACUCCAGACACGAGUGAGGAUUAUUGCGAGCAUUGCUCUGAGUUUGCAGAUUGCGUGAACGGACGUUGCAUAUGCAAAACGGGAUAUGCAGGAGAUGGGUACGUAUGCGAAAACCCUUGCGAUGCGGAUCAAGUAUGGAACGGCGAAUCUUGUGUUAGACAAGGAUCUACGGAAGAUGACGAAAUCGCACCAUUUUGCACUGUUCAGGGGUGCACAUGUCCAACUGGUUACAUUCUUGUUGAGUAUUCUUUCCAUCAAAUUUGUCGUCUUGUUGAAACUCAGCCUGAUGGACAUAAUCUACCAUCUUGCGAUGUUGAGAAUCACUGUAGCCCUCUUGCGAAUUGUGAAUGGAACGAACAUCAGUACCGUUACGAGUGCGUAUGCAAUCCAGGAUACGAUGGCGAUGGAUACACGUGCGUUGAGAAAGAAGUCUCUUGUUUAGAUGAAGAAGACAUCUGCGAUCAACAUGCGUCUUGUAACUACAUCGUUCAUUUGAAGAAAUCUGUCUGCGUAUGCAACAAAGGCUAUGAUGGAGAUGGUCGCACUUGCCAUCUGGCUCCAGAAUGUGCCAUUGACGAUGAUUGUGGAAUGCAUUCGGUAUGUCAAGAUGACCUGUGCGUUUGCCAGGAAGGAUACGAAAGGGAUAUUUCGGACUUUUGCGUUCGUGCUGGGUCAUGUGGAGGCGCUUACUGUGCUGACAACGCUAUUUGCAAGUAUGAUUCUCACCAGAACAUUCCAUACUGCUAUUGCCCUGAAGGUUUCGUUGGAGAUGGUGUUCAUCAGUGCAAAUCAGUUCCUCCACCAUGCAACGUACGUAACAAUUGUGGACUUCAUGCCACAUGUGGACCCAAUUUCAGGGAACCUUCAAAAUACGAAUGCACGUGUAACCCAGGUUUCUUCGGAGACGGAUUUGUUUGUACUCCGGAACGUAACUGCGUCAAUAUCCCUAGUCUUUGCGAUCCCAAUGCUAAAUGUGUUAGCACCACCUCGGGAUAUCAAUGUGCUUGCAAUCAAGGGUUUAUUGGGAAUGGAAGCGUCUGUAACACUGCUCCCCGCCUCGACUCUGGAUUCCUAUUGAUCAGUCAAGGCGUGGCAACUGUUAAGCUCCCUUUCAGUGGAAGCCGUGGAGUUCCAGUGACAAUGGCUCAGAUGGCCAUCGGAGUGGACAAGGACUGUGCUGAGGGGCGUAUUUAUUUCAGCGAUAUUUCUGCCAAGCAGAUAUUCAGUUGCAAAUACGACGGAACUGAUCGUAAACCUUUCAUUACUAAAAACAUUCUUUCACCGGAGGGUGUUGCUGUAGAUUGGAUAUCUCGGAGACUCUAUUGGACGGAUUCAGCGAAGGAUACGAUCGAGGUUGCUAGUUUGGAAGACCCUAACAAACGAGCCAUCAUCGUUUCCAAGUAUCUAGUAAACCCUCGUGGCAUUGCAGUUGAUCCCCAUCAAAGCAAACUCUACUGGUCCGAUUGGAAUCGUGAGGGCCCUAAGAUAGAGUGGGCCAAUUUGGACGGAACAGAACGCCAAGUUUUGGUUAGUGGACCACACGUCGAGUUGCCGAACAGCAUCCAAGUUUCACCGGGAACUGGUGAACUUUGUUAUGCUGAUGCUGGUACUAAGAAAAUAGAUUGCGUUGAUACGUAUACCAAGCAAGUUAGAUCUGUUGCAAGCAAUCUAACCUAUCCAUUCGGACUAGCUAUUACAGACGAUCAUUUCUAUUGGACCGAUUGGACAACGAAAAAGGUAGAAUCCAUCAACGCAUACGGAGAGCGGGAAAAGGGCAUACCAUCUCCCGUUUUCGGCAGCCAUAAAAUGUAUGGAAUGACUGCUGUUACCGACAAAUGUCCACUGUUUUACAGUCCCUGUGUAGUUAACAAUGGAGACUGCCCGGAGAAGACAAUCUGUUUGACUAAUCCUCGAGCUCCAUCCGGAAGGGGAUGUAAAUGUGCCGACGAUGAAAACAACUGUAACGAUGUAGUUCUGGACUACUAGAAGCAGGAUCCAGAGGGGAUUGUUGAAAGCAAACCAAGUGCCAUAAGUGACGAGUUUUAUCAGUAAACAAAUCUACAAAAAGUAUGAUUUUCAAAUUAAUAUAUAAGGUUGCGCAGAAUGAUAUAAUAAAUAUAAAAA